AUGUGCUAUAAAGAGUUUGUCGCCUACCAGUGCGGCCACCGGUCCAUCGGCGUGACGCGGCCAUGCCCCCUGACGACCACAGGCCACAACUUUCCGGUCUGCACCCUCCGGCCGGACAAGCCACACUACGCCGAGACCAUGUGUUCGGCGUGUGAGCGCCAGCUGCAUUCCCGCUGGGUGCUGAUCCCUACCCCCCGCGCUGGCGAGGACGACAAAGCUUCCUCGGAACGCCUGAGGGCUAUUACGGCUGCCCCUCUCGAGAGAUCCAACAAGGGGCAACGGGAGACUCCGGGCAACGUCAAGCAAACUGCUACCUCCAGCGACGACGACAGAAAGAUCCCACCCCUCUUUAUGGAAGAAGUCACCGCUUCAGGCGAGCACCAUGUUGCUGUCCGACUCCCCGGUCUCUAUGUAGCCGAGUGGCAAGCCGACCAUCGCCCGCUUCAUGACGCCGGAAAAUGCACCUGCUCGACCUCUUUCAAUCCUCAAAAUCCACAGGCUCCUGGCGACGAGCUGACUGCUCACGACCGGGAGAAACUUCGACAAUGGCGCGAGUUGGAGGCUGAAGAAGAGGGAAAGAAGAAGAAGCAUGACACUGGCGAGAUCGAUAACCAAGUCGACGAGACCGUCAAGCGUGUUGCUGAAAUCAAGGAGAUGUUUGGGGAGUUUGACGUUGAGAGCGAGGAGCUAAGGGUCAACCUCCCUCGCCUUGGUGGAGGAACCACAACAGAAAAUCAGGUUGUGGAAUUCAGGGGUCAGGGUCGCAGCCACGGCCACAGUCAGGGUCAGAGCCAGGGGGGCGGUAACGGCCGACAUCACCGCCGUUUCCAAAGCCGUCGCGAGAGAGCAAGCCCCUCGCAUCGCCACAAUCCCCCCACACAAGACUAUGGUUCCUCGCAGGACCAAGGCCAACUCGUCCCGAUGUCGCAGCCGACGGUGUCAUACAGCGCUGUCAGAGGUCACCAAAGCUACCCUUACCCCUAUUCGGGCGCCCCCUUCAAUCAGGCUCCCGUCACAGGCUACCGCUACCCCGAGUACGCCCAGCAUCAACAGCCACACCACUUCACCCCAGCAUACCCAACCUACGCUACGGCAGCCACCUACACAGACACGAUCCCGUACGGAGCUCACCCCUGGACGGCAGAGCCCCAACGGACACCCGGCAUGCCCUGGAUGACGCAAGGACCAGGCCCGUUCCGCACGUCGGGAUACAUCUACCACCAACCCCCGACGCACGAGCGGUACGACCCAGGCAGCAGCUAUGCCACUACCCAAGUCCCGGUCGACCGCCAACUCCCAGCCCCCGAACAUGCCAGCCCAGUCCACAACGAGUCCGAUGACAACCACCAGAACAUGGGUAAACAAAUCGAGGCAGUCCACGCCACACACACCGGCAGCCAGGAGCCCCUUUCCCUCUGCGGUCUCCCCAUCGGCGCCGGACCCGAAGGCACCUCCCACAUGCCGAGCUGGCAGGAUUGUCCGCUGCGGUGGCAUGCCAGUGCUGGUAACCUCCUGAUGCCAAACGGUAGGGACGCCGGAGAAGACGGAGCCGCUCCCAUUAGCGAGCUGGAUGGGACUGCGGUGGCCGUCAGGCAAGAAGGGGUGCGGGAGAAUAGCAAGGAAGAUGUCAGUGCCGGGGGACGUGAGGGUUCGCGUCAGGUGGAGAGGGAUGAGGGUUAUGGAAAGAAGGAUGCGGAUGCAAAUCUCGACAUGCCGCCUCCGCCUCCGCCGCGGCCUCACUCGGCUGCGACCUGA